CAAUGUUCAUGCAGAAGGUUCGAUCGGUGCGCCUCUCCUUCUUUUGCCGUCCAGACUGCAAGUUUGCUCACGUCUGUGCAUGUGGUGUCCUCUCGCUAGCAAGCUUGUGCAUAUGGAUGCAGAGCUCAGAGCUGGAACCCUGUUAUCAUAAGAGUGCAUUUGCAUUCCUUCUUCCUUGGACAUUGCUCUCACAGGUGCAUUGAAUGCCCGAUCGAGAGACUUUUUGCACUCUCGUUUGAGCUUGCAUAUGAUACUUUUGGAGCAGCCCUUGAUCGCAAUUGACUGCCGCUCCUCCUCCGACCUUCACAGAGAUUGAUCACGCAGAAAGUUUGUCACAGUCCAGUAUUGGUAGUAGCCGAAAAACGUGAAGAAACUCGAUCAUCGUUUGGCAAGAAGCUCUCGAAGAGCAAAGCUGUGAUUGUACAGAUCACAUAACAAAGAUCAGAUAGAGGCACCAGUGCAAGUAGGGAAGCUGGUCAAAGCCAAAAGGGGACGUUUGAGCUGCCCAUAGGCAACACUCUGAAAAGAAGGACUGCUGAGUGAGGCUAUAAAACAUGGCUCGGUCGCUAAGAUUGCAAGGUACCUGGACCCUUGUGGUUCUUUUGCUGGCCCUGAUUGCGCUUUCCAACCUUCCAUCAUCGCAUGCUCAGACUUCUAACAGUACUGCUACAAACACAACAUCGGCGGUGGCUUCCCCCGCCAAAGCCCCCGGCCCCUCCCCAAAGAAAGCGCCCGCCCCCGCACCCAAGAAGGCUCCCCCGCCGCCGCCGCCACACUACCCCCCUGACCAGCGCCGCACGAACGCCGUCUACGGGCUGACCUUCGGGGGGAUCGGCUUCUGCGCCUCCGUUCUGGCCGCCGUGCUGGUCUACGACUUCGUCAAGAAGGUGGGCUACUUCAAGCCCAGGGAGACGGCGACCACGAAGCAGCUGCUGCACCACGGAGAGUUUACCACCGAAGACGCGGUGAAGGCCAUUGACUCCCCGCCUCGCCGUUAUUCGUAGACGUCAAGUCAAGCGGGUUGAGGGUCAAGAACGCUUGCGGAACAUUAUCAACGGGCCUCUAAUGCAUGAGCAUCCAACUUGACCGAGUAAUCGGACCUUGUUUUCCCCCGCUAGAAAGUUCGGAUUGUCACGUUUUGUCGGAGGAUAAUGCUUGUAUUGUUCAGGCAGAGUUUCAAUAGAUAGAGGGACACAGCCUUACUUUCCUUUGUCAGGAUAGUAAGCCAGAGACGGAUGGACACGUUCCGUAUGUCCUGUUCCUUUGUACAUCGGGGAGGCGUUAUCUGUUUCCUAUGCUUUAUGUGGACAUGCGGACCAAGUGAACGCGUAUACUUCUGUUGGGCAUGCCAUACGUUUUCAGAUCAACGAUCUUAGUGAAGGAGCUUUCUUAGUUCGAGAUUUUGAUCCCGUUAAAACGACUCGAGAACGCUGCUAUCUUCAGGUUGUGAGUUGGCACCGUUGUGUCUUUAUUGACCGGUGGGGGUUCUCCAGAGUCUGCUGCGGAUGGGAAUUGCAAGAAGUGUUGAGCCCCAAGAGCGCGCACUUUACGCAUCACGCUUGAUGAAUCCAUUCCCGACUUGCUCCUAG